AUGUCCAUGGUAAGCGCUCACGAUCUCGAAGGCAAAACCGUAGCUUUUGUCAACUUCGCAACCGGCACCGCCAUCGAUCUCAAAGAUGGCUUUACCAGCCCUCCCGACGGCACUCCCUGCAUCGGAUGGCAAGCCCACCUUAACGAGAACCAGCAGUGGAAGUGCGUCAAGUACCAGCACGGUCCUGAUGAUCAGCCUCAGUUCAGACUCCAGAACAUUAGAGCCUCUGGACGAGCCAUGGACCUCUACAAUGGAGGAACAUCUGAUGGCACUGAGAUUGUCGGCUGGCAGUACAGUGGCUUUGGUGGGCAUCAGCUUUGGUGCAUUCGUCCUGUUGGAUACUUUCCUGCUCAUGGAACUAUUGUCAAGAUUGAGAACAUCCCGGCUGGAACCUUUGUUACUCUCCAAAGCGGCAGCGCUCAGUACGGGUAA